AGGGUUGUGUAGCCCACGCACACGCUCCUGCUCUACUGUUAGCAUUAUUUUUCCAUAUGUUCCCUUCGGCAACCGCCUCAUCUGCUUCGCACCCCUUUCACGGAUGGACGGACCACCUGGAUCGCAGACGGCGGUGCUGAAGAAAUCAAAACGCCGAAACGGUAAAAGGGGUAACACGACCACUGAUAGUCAACAAAAUGCGCGUGUAACUAAUAGUAAUGGUAACGGUAACAGUACGGAUAAACUCAAUCCCGGCGAGGGAGUUCGCGCAUCGCAGGAAGUGACGACUUCUCUCUUUCAGCCUCCCCGACAGGAGCAUGUGUACGUGGAGGUCCGCCCCGUGAAGGAGCUGUACGGGCAGCUUUGCAGAGGCACGAGCAACGCAGCGGCAGGAUCCAGCGGAGCAAGCAACCGCAACUGCAAGCAAGCCGACACCAACAAACGUCGCACCUGCGCUCUUCAAUACGACUUCACGGAACUGCCUUACCCGCGUGGCAUGGUGAACAACAGCAACUUCUGCUUUAUGAACUCCAUAUUGCAGUCUCUGCUGUUCAUCCCUGCUUUUGCGCAGCUGGCGGUGUCCGUUAGCUGUGACGUGCAGGCGCGUGAGUGCUGCCCUGCGCUGGCCGCCUUUGGCAAAUGGGCGCUGCAGUACUGGAAGCCCGGCUACACACGCUUGGCCAUCGCCGCGCCGCCGUUGAUGCCGCGCACCAAGGCAGGCACCGCCUCCGCGAUUCCGCCCUCGCAGCGGGCGCUGGACGGCAGCGUACAGGAAGAUGCGCAGGAGUUUCUCCAGAAGCUGCUGGAACGCAUCCAGCACGAGUUGGUGCCCUUCGAAGAAAAACAGGGCAAAGACGCUGCGGUGGCGUCCACGGCGCACGAGGACGUGAAUAAUCGUGCGGAAGAAAGCCGCGACACCGCCUCUGCGCAGAAGGGCUGGACAGUGGUGAAAGGGAAAGAGAAACUGGCGGUGCGCGAGCACGUGGAUGCGCAGGGGCAGUCGCGGCUGCUCAGCGCGAUCUUCGGCGGCACGCUGGAGAGUCACCUGCAGGGCAAACAGCGACAGCGCGACCACGUGUCGGUGGUGGUAGAGAGGUACUUCAGCGUGCCAGUCGACGUCGCCUUCGCGCCUGAGUGCACGAUCGAGCAGGCGCUGGAGCACACCUUCACCACGGAAACAGUGUACGACAGUGGGCGUGAGAAGAACCUGAAGAAGACGCUGCGGUUUGGGCAGCUGCCCUCGAUUUUGCUGCUUCAACUGCGACGCUGGGCCGUAACCCGUGAGGGCGAUCUGGUGAAGCUGGACAACGCGGUGCACGUGAAGCGCACACUCCAGAUUCCGCGCACGAUCUGCGGCGAUGCGACGCUCAGCAGUUCGGAGCGCAGCUACCGUCUUUUAUCCGUUGUGUGUCACCACGGCGAUGCGAUGGGCCGCGGGCACUACGUCACCUACCUCGUGCACCACGCCGCCAACCCGGAGGUCAUGAAGGUGCGCGCCACCGGCAAAACCAAUGAGGCCGAAGCAGUUCGCUCUGCGCCACCGAAUGCUUCUGUUGUCUUGUGCGAUGACGCAAACAUCUCGGUGGGGCCUGCGAAGAGCAUGCAUGAUAAAGCCAUCUACUUCUUGAUGUAUCAGAAAAUGAGCUGA